AUGGUUGCUUCGAACCAAUUUGUGAAAACAGAUUUUGAGUCUUUUUUCUUCGACUUUGUCCGCCAAGAUGUUCAUCCUCAAUCCAAAACACGAGGACAAAACGUUCUUCGGCUGUACCAUACUUCGAGCUAUAAAUUCUACUUGUUACUACACGAACAGCUUGACGAAUUUUGAUUCUGACCGCCAAAACCGGAAAAUUUGAUGCACCAAUCAGCAAACUAGGUUUUAAUUGCGAAAUGACAUUCUUACUCUGUCAACAGCAAACUAUAUACUUGAUGCCGAUCUUAUCUAAUUUUUAAUAUUCAAUCAUCUAUACCGGAUAGCAACAAGAAAGCAAUAGUAGAAAUAGAACAACUGAACAAACUAUAGGUAAUAUUAAAUUUCUGUCGUAUUUCUCACUAAAAUGUCGUACAAGUGCGCGUUAAUUAUGUAAGUGGCAAAAACUUUAAUUAUUAAUAAUUUUGUUCCUAUUAAAUUCGCGUAUACUGUACAUGUAAACAGUUUUCACCUGACCAUUAUAAGUCUUUGACCCGCGGUCUUUGUGUAUCAUAUAUGUGUUUGUAUAUGUGCAGCAUAUACUGUACAUAUUUAAUUAUUUUUGACGAAGGCAAAGAUGGAUUUCCAUAAAUUCUAUUCAGGGCAAAAUCUCGAUUGCGCGAUCAACCUUUUUCGAUCGCUUUACGACUAUGUCUAUCUAUAGCCAGGCUUCUAUAUAGUCUUUCCUCUAUGGACUAUAGGCGCAGCACAUAUAUGUCAUAUUAUAGGUCGGCAACAGUUCUAACAAUUAAUUAAUACGAAGACAUAUUGCAAGACCUUUCAAGGCUAUAGCUAUAGCUUCUACCCAAAUAAUUAGACAAUUCUAGACUUUUAUAGUUCGCCAGAUCUAACGAAGACAUUGGAAGACCUUUCAAGACUUUUACUCAAGACAAUUCUAGACUUUUCAAAGUCAAACGAGAUGUAAAAGUCUUGCAAGACUUUUGAAAGACAAUUUUACUUCCGCAAUUGUCUAGCAAAGGUCUAGAAUAGGUCUUGUAGACCUAUCAAAGACUUUUUCUAGACCUAUUUAGAUCUUUCAUUUUCCUACGGGAAGACUCUCUACCAAUCCCCGUUGACUCCGAUAGCUCAAUGGGUAGAGCGGCGGUCUAGAUACCCGAAGAUGCGAGUUCAAAUCUGAAAUCCUGCUCGAGCCAACGAAUUUUUCGUUGGUCUAUUGCAGUGUCAGAAUAAUAUGAAAUCAGUUUAGCAUGAGAUCAAUUCAAGCUAGGAACUGAUCUCACGAUAGACCAUUGAAAUUAUAUAACUGGAACGCUACCUCCAAAUGGACAUUUGAAGCCAAACGUGAAGGCCAGAGAAAGAUAGCUUUGGAAUUGGGCUCAAUUGCUAUUUUGAAGUUGAUAGUCAUGCAUUAAUUACUCCAUUCCACAUAGUUUCGAAGUUGGCCUGUAGCUCCAGAAUUUUUAAUUCAAAGUCUUAAUUCGAACUAAGCUAUAAAAUCAACUUUGAAAAUGUCAUUUUCGAUGUUUAUCAAAACCGUGAUCAGUGGUGCCUAAAUUACUUUGAAUUUGUACUCGAGUAAAAGUAAAAUAAUUAACAAUAAAACGACUUGAGUAAGAGUAAAAAGUACUGGAGGCAAAACGCACUUAAGUAAAAAGUACAAAGUAUCCUUAAAAACUACUUGAAGUAAAAAGUAAAAGUACUAUUGUCUCUAUUGACUUCUCCAAUGGAUUGACAUACAAAAGACACAAAACAACACACGCAUUAUAUGCGUGCAUGCACCUCAUAUACAAUAUUAGGACCAUUAUUGCAGACCCCGUUGAAGAUAUAAGAAAUCCAUUAAAUAAAUUAUACUUAUAAGUAAGCCACAAACGAAAGAUCCCAGACGCAUGUAGAGGUCCUAUUACCUAUCCCAAAAUUAAAAUAAAUCAGAAAUAAAUCACGUAAAAUUAAACAAAAGUUAGAAAGUAACGUAAUACUUCGCCACAAAAUGAAAAUAACGAAGUAAAACGUUACUUCUUAAAACGACUUCGUUCCAAGUAAACGGUACUCCAGAAAAAGUUUACUUUGUUACAUGCUCACUUCUUAAAAAUAGUACUCAAGUACAGUAACGAAGUACAUUUACUUCGUUACUUGACACCACUGAACUGUUACUGAACUGUUACUUGACACCACCAACACGUCGAUUCCAGCUGUACCAAUACCGUCUCCACGAGGAUCCGUCGUUCGACUGGGAGCCACAGCUAAAUGCCUUCGAGUUUCAACGUUUACUAAACCACUUGGACGAAAUAAAGAUUCGAAUGACUUACUCCGACCAAGGCACCGGAAUUAUUGAUGAUAUUUCACUGGAAUAUGCCAUGAAAGAUGAAAAUUCUGUCGACUUUGUCAAUUGGGUUGAGGAGUGUACCUGCCCCCCGCCUUACGUGGGGUUGUCUUGUGGUGCUUGUCGUGAAGGACAUAAACACGAGACGGUCAAUGGCUCAUCUUAUGAUAGGUAUGGCAUUUCUUGUUACCUAGUAUUAUUCAGGGGCGGUUGAGCACCCCCACGGUGGGGUGAGUACCACCUACACCCCCACUUCCCUUAUCAAUCAGACACCAGUCUAGCACCCCCUAAAAUAAUCUGUACCACCCUAAAAAAAAUCAAAAUCUGCUUGACCAUACAUUUUCUGUUUUUCAAAUAGUGAUUACCAGAACUUCUACUGUUAGCACCUGUCGAUUUCUUGAAAUGAUUUAAUUGACUUGUGAGCUCACGAGAAAAUACUCGGAAUGCUUUAGUUAAAAAUAUCAUAAUUAAAUAUGUAAACAUGUCGAGGUUAUACACUCAGGGUAACAUCACAAACAUCAUAUUCACCUGACUACACAACACCAACACAGAAAAAAAUCAUAUUACUAGAUUACAUUGGUUCGAUUCCCUCCGUGGCCGGGCAUAUUUUUCAAGCUCGCCCGGUGUGGAUAUGCACUCAGAGUAACAUCACAAACAUCAUGUCGAGGUUGUUAUACAGCCAUAUUUUCAAAUAUACUACAACUUUAACAAGCAAAUUUACUGUACUGUGCUACAGCAACUGUCCAGUCACGCAUACGUGAUAAAAAGUCGAUAUAAACAAAGGAUAAUGUAAAACGUAACAGAAAGACGAACAUGCAGAUUCGAUCAUCUCAAAUAAUGAUAAUGUUGGGAUAGUAGCGUUGCAGACCGCAGAGGAGAGUGGGCAGUAAGGCUCCCUCAUGCACCACCACAUGGAAAACCGCACCCCUCUUUGCAGAUGGAGCUACAAUCUUGGACAAAACCCUUGAGACCAUUCCAGCUAAUAUUACAAAGUUAUUGAACAUUGAGAAAACAAACUUUGUCCCGCCUCCCUCCCAGUUCAAUGUUGUGAACAACGCCGAAACAACUUUUGGUAAUAUGCCAUGACACAAGCUCUACAUUGAGUUGGGGGAGCGGGGUUUAAGAAGGGAAACAUGAUUCAACCAUGGAGUUUAUCAUAAAAAUAUGCGAAUUUGGUAUAGGGGGAGAAUAUAGUCUCAACCAGUUCUGUCCAAGAUUGUAGAACCGCCCCUGGCUCUGACCACUGAUUUAUCUUUCGUUUAUCUCACGUCAGAUGUGUCCGAUGUGAAUGUAAUAAUCAUGCAGACAGCUGUGACCCAAACACGGGCAAGUGUCUCUGUCAGGAUAACACCGUCGGCGAUGAUUGCUCAAGUUGCAAAAAAGGUUACUAUGGAAACCCGAUCGCGGGAAAUAAGGACGACUGCAAGCCAUGUCCGUGUGUGUUUGGAACACAGUGCAUUCUGAUUGGUUCAAAAGUCAAGUGUACGGAUUGUCCUGAGGGACAUCAAGGUAGGAGUUGGGACGAUGUAGACAUAGAUUAAGAACAGGGGCCGGUUGUUCAAAGCUGGGUUAGGGACUGGUCAUAAAGUAACUGCUAGAGUGGGUUGGAGGUAAAUCACAAAUUUUGCCAAUAAAUUUGGUGACCCAUCUUAUAUUAGGAAGUAGAUAAAAAUUUCAAAGCCCAUCUAAUCUUACCAAAUUUAUUUCAUGACCCAUCCACCCAUCCAAAUUGGGAAAAUACACUUUUAUAAUAAAAAAAUACUUGCAGGUAUGAACAUUGUAAAUAUACACCGGCACUGUAUUGACAUACACUGUACAUAAUUCCACCUAGCUUGACCAACACAUUCAUCACCAAUUACGAUACUGAGCUGUUCUCCAUUUGGUUGUAUUUGCUGUGAUUCGACCACUUCUUGUUGUUGUAUAAAGCAAAGUACUGGCUUCAAUAGCAACAUUUACAUUUGAUAAUUUGGAUAGUUUUGUUUACUUUUCGAUUAUUAAUAUCUUUAUAUAAUAUAUAAUUAACAUGGUUUUUGUUUGGUGACCCAACCGUGGACAUACAAAAAAAUUGGCGGCCCAUCGAAACUGCCCAAAAAUUUUCCAUGGCCCAUCCCAAAUCAUUCCAGCCCACCCUAGCAGUUACUUUAUGACCUGUCCCUUAGCUUAACCCUAGGUUAACCUAAAAUUCAAAGCAAACUUCCUGACAGCUUGUCUAUAAAUUUCGAAAUUUUUCUUCAGAGAUCUUGUCUGGAUCGAUAGGAGUUUACUUCUCUGAAGUUUUGAAAUAAACAGACGUGCAGAAAUACACAAACUAGAAUAGAAAGAAUAAAGAUAAGAUAGGAUAAGGGGAUAAGGAUAGGGUAGGAUAAGGAUAUGUUAGGAUAAGAUAUUUAUAUUUUAUUGAUUGUUUAUAUUUUAUUGAUUGUUUAUAUUUUAUUGAUUAUUUAUAUUUUAUUGAUUAUUUAUAUUUUAUUGAUUAUUUAUAUUUUAUUGAUUAUUUAUAUUUUAUUGAUUAUUUAUAUUUUAUUGAUUAUUUGUAUUUUAUUGAUUAUUUAUCCCCCAGGUGACCUAUGUGACUCUUGCAUUGAUGGUUUCUUUGGAGAUCCGGCUGGCAUCCGAGGCCCGAAGACCGCGUGCAAGAAAUGUAAAUGUAAUGGGAACAUUGACACGAAUGCCGUUCAGAACUGUGACUCCGAAACUGGCGAUUGCCUCAAAUGUAUCUAUAAUACCAGAAAUGGUCCCAAUAAUCAGUGCGAGCUCUGCAAAAUUGGUUUCUAUGGUGAUGCCACGACAUACCCUAAACCUGGGUGUAUACGUAAGUAUUACUAUAAUUGUACGUGCGAAACCGUACUAACUACCGAGUGUCCCCCCCCCCCCAAAAAAAGCUGGAAACUGUUUGACUUCAUGUACCGUAAAAGCUAUAAAGCUAUCGCAACGAAAUAAAGAUCAUCGCAUUCAGAAAGGACUAACUUAGAUUUUCAUAUAUAGCACUUGAAUUUACAUGCAAUAUUGACUGCGCUAUUGACGUUUGAACGUUGAACUACUGUUUUUGAAAAUGCCAAAAAUUAGCAUAAAACAACCUUAUAAUUACCGAUGUGGUUAUGCUUGUUAAAUAAUUAGUAUUUUUAUUUUGGUUGUAUCUCGCUCAAUAUUGCAUGUAAAUUCAAGUGCUAUAUAUGAAAAUCUAUGUUAGUCCUUUCUGAAUGCAAUGAUCUUUAUUUCAUUGCGAUAGCUUUUAUAGCUUUUACGUUACAUGAAAUCAAACAGUUUCCAGUUUUUUUUAGGACACCCGGCCUAAAUUAAAAUAAACAUUUGAAACAUUUUCACCGUUUGGAAAAUCAGCGCCUCAAUAGAAUCACAGAAUAAGAAAGUACAGCAGCAGCGUCACUCAUCAAAUAUUUGUCCGCGUUUUUACAAGCGAUUCGUCAUCAAUCACGCCAUCCUGGCUAGUACAACCGGCACUUUGUACCUACCAAAACUUGAUAAAAACUUCCGGUUGUACUGGCCAGGAUGGCGUGAGCGAGUUAAAAUUUUCGUGGACGUAAAACAACAAGAGAACCGACUCGAGUGACGCUUCUGCUGUACCUUCCUAUUCUGUGAUAGAAUGUAAUCUGACAAUUAACGCCUGUACACUAAAAGAUGUUCAAUCUGAGCUUCCCUCGAGUGUCAGUGCUAUUUUUGACUGAAUAGCUGGAGGGUUAGUGUCACACCGUACUAUGUGACUACUCACCCUCCAGCUAUUCAAAAACAGCAUUGACACUCAAGAAAAGCUCAGAUUGAACCUCCACUCAAUGAAUGUGAGUGAGCUUUUAGAAUACAGGCGUAAAUCACAAACUCAUUAACAAUUCAUGAGUAAAUUGACCAUUUGCGUAAUAGACUAAAUUUUGAUCUCAACAAAAAUUUCAAUACAGCUUGAAAGAACAUCACAAAAUUAGUAAUAUUCCAAAGUUUCGUUGCAAAAUGUUGUAAAAUGCGGAAAAUAUAGCCUUGCGAAAUUUGCAAUUUUCAGUCAUUUAGAUUACAAACCGGAAAUUGACAGCCUCGAAGGGUUUGGGGCUGUCAAUUUCCCGUUUGUAAUCUAAAAUGACUGAAAAUUGCAAAUUUCGCAAGGCUAUAUUUUCCGCAUUUUACAACAUUUUGCAACGAAACUUUGGAAUAUUACUAAUUUUGUGAUGCUCCUUCAAGCUGUGAUGAAAUUUUUGUCUAGACUUGUUUAGUUCAAAAUUUAGUCUAUUACGCAAAUGGUCAAUUAGACAACCGUAUUUUGCUCACACGAUAAUGCUGGAUACCUGGCGAAGUAUAUAAAUCAUAGGACUGGAUCAAAAUGAAUUAAGUCCUUGUACUGGAUCAAAAUUAAUUCACCUCACUUUUAAGUAGUGAUUUAUUCAUGUGAGAUAUCAUUUCAAGUCCAAUUCAGACUAUGAGACUUGAAAUAUAUUACAGUCCUCAUAGCUAGUCGGAUUUGAAAUAUUUAACAAUUAUUCGCCGAACGCGUGGUGAUUAUCGGUGAAUAAAAACCGAGACGAAGUCGAGGUUUUUAUUCACGAUAAUCACCGAGCCUGAGGUGAAUAAUUGUUUUAGUAUAAUUUCAUAGGUGAUUAUUUGGAAAAAAAUUAAAAAAUGCACAUUUCUUCGUCUUUUAAUUGACAAAACGGCUUCGGCCGCCAUUUUGAAAAUCGCUUAGGUGAUUAUCGCGUAAUAAUCACCUCAACGGUAACCAAUCAGCGUGGAGAAUUUUCAAUAAUCACCUAUGUAAUUAUACUAAUACUUAAUAAUCCAUCAUUAAUGAUCCGUCAUUCUAUUUAACAAUUAGUCGCCGAAAGCGAAGUGAUUACACGGCUAUAUUCACUGAACGUCUGAGCCGAAGGCGAAGUGAAUAUAGGCUUAUAAUCACCGAGCCUGAGGCGACUAAUUGUUUUAGUAUAAUUUCAGUAUUGAAAAAGUUUUAUUCAUGAAGACAACUAAUACACAUCACACAUGUUGUUUUAUGAAUAUAAUUUGCAUAAAUAAUUUACUUCCAUCUGAUUGUCAUCCAUUUUUUGGGAAAAUCAAUAGUCAAUAAAAUCAAUACCUAUUGCCUCAGAGAUACUGCUGAGGGAGCCAAUCAGAUACCCUGGUUUCAGAGGCGCUUUGCGAGGCGAAAGAAACGCGAGGCUUUCCGUUCUCACCUGUCGUUUCUUUCGCUUCGCAAAGAGCCUCUGGUCCUCUGGAACCAGGGUACCAAUCAGACUGUUCAAAUGCUAUUUUUCAAUACUGAAAUUACACUAAUAAUACAUAAUCAACGUAUGCAUCCAUUUAAUCUUUACAGCAUGUGAUUGCCAUGAAAAUGGGACCUUCGUAUCAUCCUCGACUCCAAGCAACUCUCCUUUGCCGCCCUGUAACCAGGAUGGCCAGUGUGCUUGUCGCCCAAACGUGAUUGGCUUAAAAUGCGACCAAUGCAUAGAGAACCACUGGAACAUCAACUCUCGGCUUGGCUGUGAAUCGUGUAACUGUGACCAAUCUGGAGCGUACAAUGACAGCUGUGAGUUACAUUCGGGACAGUGUGUUUGUAAACCCGGCGUAGGAGGAAGACGAUGCGACCAAUGUUUGCCGGAUCACUAUCAGUUCUCUCCAGAUGGAUGCAAAGGUAAGGCCCAACAUGAGGCAUAAAGAUAUGCCACUGUGCAUCACUGUGCGUCAAAUGCCACUCAACUCGGUCUCUUGAUAGUUUAUUAGUGAGGACAUGUUGUUGACAUUUUAGCAUAAUUUGUUUUAAUGUUAUAUAUUGUAGCUUAAUGUGAGGGGCCCCAUAAUUGGAGAUUAUCUCUGUGGCUAGUCCCUGCCCGAAUUGUAUGUAAAUUUUGUAAAGUAUUAGUCUUAUUUAUGUCUGUUAUGUUUGGCGAAUCUUGUAAAAUUAAAGAUAGAUAGAUAGAUCUCAGAACAGCGCGGCCCGGAUUGUUUCUUAGAUUGACAAGUAUCAUCAUAUAACGCCUGUCUUCGCUGGCUCCCAGUUCAUUACCGAAUAAUUUUCAAAAUUCUUUUAUUGGUGCAAAAGUCACUCAAUGGUACUUCUCCUGGUCAUUUGACAAACCUAUUACAUUACCGUACUCAUUCGCGAUCUUUACGGCAGUUGGCGUUUUCGGUAUGUGCACCAAGACUGUGUAACAUUUUACCGAUAGCAUUGCGUAGGUCUAGUUCAACAAACAGUUCUAAAAAGGAGAGACUCUUUUCAAAGAAUUUAUAAAUAGUGGCUCUUUGUAUUUGCAAAUAUGAUCCAUAACUUUUUAAACAUUUUAUAGUAAUUUUAUACUUAUAUGCUUUGUUAUUUAUCACGUACAGCGCCAUGAGCAUGGGAUAUGUGCGCUUUAGAAAUACAUUUUAUUAUUUAUUAUUAUUAUUAUUAUUAAUAUUAUUACGAAAUUCACAUCGCAGCCCAAAGCUGAUUACGUGAUCUACAAAUUUCGAAAAUAUUACAAUUAAAAUAUCUAACAUUCAGUAAACAGUUUGAAAAGUCAUUAGAUCUAUUAAGCUUAUUAUUAAAUUAAGUCGAAUUUAUAUACAGUUAAAAGGUUAAAUAGUUCAAUACAAGGAAGCUAACGAUAUAGCCUGCGCAUGACAGGAAGAAAUGUUUUGUGACAUCUAUCAGUGACUGUGCGAAAGUUAUUAAAAAAAUAUUUUGACCAUCAAAUUGUAAGAUUCUUCAUACUUCGAGGGGGCUAAAAGUUUUCGCCACAUUACAUAUUUUUUUGCUUUUUCGACUGUUAUGGUAUAUACAGAGUGUCUAAAAAAAACGCUAUGGAAAUUCAACUGGCUGUUGUGCAUCACAAACUUAACUAAACAAUUCAAUUUUUACACAGGACGAAAGAGCUGUUAUUUAGCUUUUCUAUGAUGUAUUUUCUAAACCGUAAAGAUGAGAAAUGGCCAUAUACUCGUCAAAUAAAAAUUUUCGGUGGAAAUCACAUUCUUCCACCGUUGGGAAUUGAAAAUACAUUAAUUAUGCAAAGUUAAUCAGUCCAAAAGCACCGCGAGUCUGCUGCAAGGUACUUGUUUCGUAAAACGUUUUGAUUACGAGUGUUCUCUGAUUACGAGGGGUUAAUUGAACCAUGUUUAAUGCAAUAAUGGACGUUCUUAUGGUCUCACUAAGACGAAGAUUGACGAGUUGAGCUUAUUUUAGAUAAUUUAACAUUCAAUUUUAAUUCCCUCUUGGAAAUUGUUUAUGUUUCGUUAUCCAUACAAUUCCCAACGGUGGAAGAAUGUGGUUUCGACCGGCAAUUUUUAUUUGACGAGUAUGUGGCCAUUUCUCAUCGUUACGAUUUAAAAAGAGUAUCAUUGAAAAGCUAAAUAACUGUUAUUUUGCCCUAUGUAAAAAUUGAAUUGUUUAGCCACGUUUAUGAUGCACGACAGCCUGUUGAAUUUCCAUAGCGUUUUUUUUUAGACACCCUGUAUUUCUUGCUUUUCAAUUUCUCUCCCCCAUUUUUUUGUGCCAGUGUUCAAACCACUGUCACCAAUUUAUAUAUUGUCUUCUUUAGCUUGCGGCUGUCAUGCUGAUGGAUCACUUGGUGUGUCAUGUGAUGAGAAUGGUCGCUGUGAAUGUCGACCGGGGGUACUUGGGGUGAAGUGUGAUCAAUGUGGGGAAAAUCGCUUCAAUCUGUCUGCCGGAUGUACUCGUAAGUACGACAUCAUUAAUACUAUGCCACUGAACUAG